AAAAUUUUCCAGUUCGUUUCAAAACAUCAGCAAAUAAUGUCUACAAAAAUAACUAGACUGUUCUUUGUUUCUAUGGCAUUUAUCUUCUUUGGUGACGUCCAAGCUGGAAAUGACGAUAUAAUUUCGAAAUUGGCCAAAAUCAUUAGACCCGUUAUUAAGCAUGAUAAUCCCGUUUACAUACCCUAUUACAAGGCCCCCUAUACCAUGCAAUUGAGAAUUGGCUCUGGAGAUGUUAUAUGCGACGGCACAUUAAUACGACCCCAAUAUGUCUUAACGGCAGCUCAUUGUCUGGAUGAAUAUGAUGGCUCGGAGAUAACUGUUGUCGGUGGAGCCACAAAGAAAUCGGAUAUGGGUAUAGAACGUAAAAUAUCCAAAGUUUUCAAACAUCCUUUGUAUAAUGCCUCAAAUUGGCACAAUGAUGUGGCUGUGCUGAAAUUGGAAACCGCCAUGGUGGGGGAUCGCAUCCAACCCUACACCGAGUUGUGUGACGCUCCCUUGGAGUCAAAUGAUUUUAUUUCCAUUAGUGGAUGGUUGAGACCAAAUUUAAUUGGGCCACUGAUGAGAGAGGAAUUGCGUAGCAAUAGAUUCCCAAUUCUCUCACAAAUGGAUUGCAUUCGUGACGCUCCGAAUGGUGAAAUGGCAAUUACCAGCAGCAUGUUUUGUGGCAAUAUUUUGAAUCAUGAUGCCUGUUUACAUAAUUCUGGAGGACCAGCCAUAUCGUAUGGACAAGUUUGUGGUAUUGUCUUGGGCGGCAAGGCAUGCAGUGAUCUAAAAUUUCCGGGAGCUUAUACCAGCGUCUAUGAAGUUCGUGAUUUUAUUUUGAAUGUUAUCGGAGAAUAGUUAUGUCCA